AGAGGAUAGAAAUCAUCCAUCAAUGCGCUCACAGAAUUCAUCGAUACCUCCGUCCAUGAAAUGGCGCUAACUUUGCACCUUUCAAUUCCUCUGCUGCCUUCCUCGCAUCGCUGUAACUCUGGAAAUCCGAAGUCCAAAUUCUCACCCAACAUUGUUUCUCCAAAGGCAAAUAAGUCUACCACACGUAGUCGAGAAGCAGUGAUAAGAACACUAUCUGCACUACCCGAGACAGCAGCCUCUGUCGCAGUUGCUGCUACAAUCGUCGGUGCAGCUGCGACAUUCCUGGUUGGAAAAAACAAGAAUUCCGACGAAAGCGAGGCUCCUAGAAAGAUCUGUGUCGACUGUGGAGGCUCGGGAGUUUGCCCUGAAUGCAACGGCGAAGGGUUCGUGGUUAAGAGAAUGUCGGAGGAAAAUGCUGAGAAGGCGCGACUGAUGGCCAAGAAUAUGGCGACGAGAUACACAGCAGGUCUUCCGAAGAAAUGGAGCUACUGCAGCAAGUGCUCGUCGGGUCGGCUGUGCAGUAAAUGUGGCGGCAGCGGGAACGGAUAGUUAUAUCCCUCGAGAAUUAGUCGUCAUCUCCGAUUCGGUUCGGUUUCGGUUUCGUAUUUGGAUCCAACACAUUGUUGUAUGUAUGUAUUUUAGAGUUUUUUUUUUUUUUUGGCUUAGUAUUGAGGAUAUAAUUGAAACAAAGAUGUAACUGUUAAAAGUUUUUUGUGCUAUUUUUUAUGGUAAUAUAAUACAAAUAUAUACGAAAUGCA